CCUACCAUACAGCCAGCUUAGCCAACAAAGAAACUGCGACAAUUGGUUUCUGCCAUAUUCUCUUCCAAGAAAAUCAGGCUCUUCGAUUCUAUGGAGAGGUCUGCCAAGAGGCAACUUGAUCAAAAAUGUGUUACUAGGAAAAAGCAGAAGUCACGCCAUGAACCUCAACAAAAUACCGACAGUAAUGACGAAAUUGCCAUAGCCAGAAUCCGUGUAGAGGUAGAAGAGAAGGUGAUGUUUUCGUCGGGCGAGCAAAGUAGAGCUCUGUCACAAGAAGAAACGACAAUUCUGCAGAAAAAUGCCUUGCAGAGAAAAUUGGAGAACAUCAUGUCAAGAUGUGGAAUUAAGAGCAGAACUGAAGAUGUGGAACAAUGCUUAUCACUGUGUGUAGAGGUAAGACUGCAUGGACUAAUAAGCAAUUUGAUUAAGCUGUCAAAGAAGGUUGGUGUUAAUAAUUUCCUGUUUAUGUUUUGUCAUAUCGGCUUCUUUGUCUUUGAUUCGUAUCAAAUCUUAUUGAAUCUUCGACAGAAAAGAAGCCUAAUGUUGUCCACAGCAGAAGUUCAGCAUUGCGUCAUCAUCUCUAACCAGGAACUUUGGAAGAAGAUGAUUACUCGGGAUAAAGAGGUAAAAAUCAAGAACCUAUAGAACUUGUUCAGUUUUUUGAUUCAUUUCAAUGAAGAGUUGAGUUCUUUCUGAGAAUAGGGAAGCAAUUCACUUCAAGUAUAUUUAUAAAUGCAGUCUAGAGGAGAAAAGGCUUCGAACAUUCACAUGAACAAAGACAUAAAAUGUGCAGAACCUUCCCUGG